AUGGGCGUGGGCACUGGGCGCAGGGAUGCAGUGGCGCCCACUGCAUCUGGUUCAAAGAUUCCUUUUUAUGUAUUACUGCUCAUUGACAACGUACCUCAUCACCCAAGAGCUCUGAUGGAGAUGCACAAAGAGAUGAAUGUUGUUUUCAUGCCUGCUAACACAAGAUGCAUUCUGUUGCCCAAGGAUCAGGGGGUAAUUUUGACUUUCAAGCCUUAUUGUUUAAGAAAUACGUUUCGUAAAGCUAUAGCUAACAUAGAUAGUGAUUCUUCUGAUGUAUCUGAGCAAAGUAAAUUGAAAACCUUCUGGAAAGGAUUCACCAUUCUAGGUGCCUUUAAGAACAUUUGUGACUCAUGGGAGGAGGUCAAAAUACCAACAUUAGCAGGGGGUUGGAAGAAGUUGAUUCCAAUCCUCAGGUACGACUUUGAGGAGUUCAAGAAUCCAGCGGAGGAAGGAGCCGCAGAUGUGGUGGAAAUAGCAAGGGAACUAGAAUUAGAGGUGCAGCCGGAAGGUGUGACUGAAUUGCUACAAUCUCAUGAUAACACUUUAGUAACAGAUGAGGAGUUACUGCUUGUGGGUGAGCAAAGUAAGUGGUUUCUUGAGAAGGAAUCUACUCCCGGUGACGAUGCGGUGAACACUGUUGAAAUGACAACAGAGGAUGUAGAAUACUGCAUCAACCUAGUUGGUGAAGCAGUGGCAGGGCUUGACAGGACCGACUCCCACUUUGAAAGAAGUUCUACUGUGGGUAAAAUGCUAUUAAACACCACGAGUUACAGAGAACUCUGGUGCGAAAGGAAGAGCCGCUGUGGCAAGCUUCGUUGCCGUCUUGCUUAAGAAAUCGCCACAGCCACCCAACCUUCGGCAACCACCACCCAGGUGGGUCAGCAGCCGUCAGUACUGACGCAAGACCCUCCAUCAGGAGACAUAUUAUGACCCACAGAAGGCUCAGAUGAUUGUUAGCACUUUUUAGUAAUAAAGUGUUUUUAAAUUAAAACACUUUAUUAUAAACAGCAAUAUACAUUGCUGUUUUUAAGACGUAGUGCUAUUGCACAUUGAAUAGAAUGCAGUGUGUUGCAAAUGUAAGAUUUGUAUGCACCAGGAAACCAAGAAUUUGUGUAACUCAUUUUGUUGCAACACUGGCUUUCUUGUGGUGAUCUGGAACUGAACCUGCAAUAUCUCCGGGGUAUCCGUGCAUACUGAGACAGCUUACAUGCUCUUGUUUUUUUAUUGUCUUUUGCCCCAAUGAAAAGACCUCCACAGGUUUCCUUUAUUUUGUUCACUUCUGU